AUCCCUACUCCUUACCGUGUCAUACUAAAAUUUGUAGGUUAAACUAGUUUUAGUUAUUUUAUCUUGGUGUUAAUAUGGUAAUUCACUCUGAAAGUUUACAGAUAAUAGAUAAAUCAAUGGACGAAAAAAUAGUUGUUCGUAACAAAGGAGGAGGCUGCAUUGUAAAGCAUUCACCAUUAUUUUCAUCUGAUGGAAAAUAUGUGUACAUUCUGUGUGGUUGGUGUGUAAGUGCAUACAGUGUACAGACAGGAGAAUGUGCUUUCCAGUUUGUGUCCAAGAGCAGGGAAGAGCUGGUGUCCAUUGCUACUUACGGGGACCAACUGUGUACAGUCACGGCCUCCGGGAAUCUUGCAAUUUGGAAGAGCAGUGCAAGUGGUCCAAGAAGGCAGUUGAAACUGGCAUUGGAAGACAAUGUUACGGUGGCAAAACUGUACACCGUGACUAGUGAAAACCGAGCAAGAGACUUUGACUUUGUAGUAGCUGUCAGAAGAAAAGGCAUGAAGGAUCUGCAGCUCUGGCUGUAUUCUGGGAAAUCGGGCAAAGCCGUCUCAAACAUAUAUGUUAAUCCGGAUGACAAGCCUCACAGUGUCUCAGUCUGUGACCAGUUUGUUGCGGCAAUCAAACACGAUCGUCUCACUGCCAUUGCGUUCGACAAGAAUAUUAAGAAAUACAGCACGUUGGCUGGCCCAGGCAGAUGGUGGACUGUGAUUGCAUGCGCACCGGAGGCCAAGGGUCUGGCAGCCGGAGACAAUACAGGCCGGAUAGUCUUCUGGCCACAACCCUUCUUCUCCCAGGCUCGUUCUGUCUUCCACUGGCACACUCUCCCGGUCCUGGCCAUCACAUUUUCCGCUUCAGGAAGCUACAUGUACAGUGGCGGUGGAGAAGGAGUGAUGGUGCGGUGGAACGUUGAAGUGUCCAAUGUGCGGAACUUCUUGCCUCGACUGCCAGCCCCCAUCCUCCACCUGAACGUCUCUCCUGACAACCAGUACGUGGCUAUAGCCACCCAGGAUAAUGGUGUCCAGCUAGCUGACUCUCAGAACCGGGUCACAUCAAUGAUACAGAAGAUGUCCUGGGGACUGACCCCCGUGGAGGGCACAGCACUGGUCCCCGCGGGGCUCGUCUGGGAUCCCCUCUCUCGCAGCAUCGUCCUCAACGGUAGACCCGGACACUUGCAGUUCUUCAACACAGACGACAACAAACUGCUCUACAACUUGGACAUCACGGGCCAGAACUACCUGACACAAGAAAGGCACAAAGAUAUUAUCAACGCAGAAGUAACCCAGGUGGCAGUGUCACACGAUGGCAAGUGGAUGGUUACUGUGGAGACCAGAGAUGACCACGAGACUUUCUUCGAGACGCUCCUCAAGUUCUGGCAGUACAAGUUCAAUGCAAGGCAAUUCAGCCUCAACACCUGCAUCCAGCUGCCACACAAAGGUCAGGUGAAUUCUGUAAAGUUCCAGCCAGCCGGUACGAUGCCGGACCAGUACCUCCUGGUGACCACCGGCGCAGACUGCAAGUUCCGCACCUGGGUUCCUUCUGUCUCUGACUCCAUCCAUAGUGAAGGAUUGCGGUGGACCUGCGACAGUGUAGGCCAGUACCGGACGCAGCCGGCACACGGCGCAGGAUUCUCAGCAGACGGUUCAGUGUUGGGGGUGACGUUUGGAUCGAGUCUCACACUCUGGGACACCGAGACCACCCAGCUGAUUACCUCCCUCACUCGGGACAACUCCACACUCAGGGCGGUGGAGUUUGGGUCCAGAGAGUGUUGCCAUCUGGUGGUGACCACGGGCGACUCCCACCUCAUCGUCUGGAACCUGCUGAGCCUGCGUGUUGCCUGGUCACUGCCGCUCGGACCGUCUCUACUCUGCAGCGACCCACUAUCCUCUCACAUGGCAGCCUUCACACCUGACAGCUCUGUGUUUGUAUUUUCACCAUCCGACCCAAACCCCGUGUACGAGAGACACAACUUGUGUAGCCCUGGCACCUCUGUACUAGCGGCCAUCUUUGUACCCAGAAGUCACGUGUUGGCAGACACAAGCGCGCCUUGGUGCUCACACUCCCAGCUACACUUCAUCGACAGCUGUCAGGAGCUGCAGUACCUAGAACUGGAGAGUGAGCAAGACCCGGAGCAGAGUUACGUACAAUCCAGCAGCUUGGUGGCACCAGUCACUCCGUUCAGUAUCCUGACAGCUCGUCAGACGUCGAGUGCUGUCGACAGACUUCAAGCGUCUAGACACGAACAGUUUGGUACAGCGGGAGACUCGGCUGUCAGGAAGCUCCUGAGAAACCCAGCUCACACCAUGCCCCACAUCCACCUCUUCUGUAAAUCGUUUAUGAAAUCUCUAUCUGUGUCAAGGGAAACGGGAGAUGAAAAAAGACCAAAUGAUGAGGAAGACCUAGAAGAAGUUCAAAAAAUGGAUGUAGAUGAAGACAGUGAUGCUAGUGUGAAAACUGAUGAACCAGCGUCACCUACAAAAAGUUACCACAAGACAAGUCCAAACGAUGUUAACGUAAAUGGUGAAGAAUGGAGGAAAUCUCCUAAAAAGGGAAUUAAAGAGGUUCCCUUAAAAGCGAAACAAAGGAGAAGAUCAAACAAAGAAAGGAAAAGUCCAACAAAGAAAAAUAGUUUUUCGUUUGAUGAUCUAGAUACAGACUGGUUAAGUGUAGAAGAUGACAGAUAGCUGUAACAAUAUAACAUGUUUUAUUUUGUUAA